AUGGGGAGCCUCAAAUUUAUAACGGUUUGUCCAAAAUGCCGGUUGAAUAGACACUGUAUUACCAAAGCGAUACAACGGGUUUUGGUCAUAUUCAAUUUUCAUAGACGGUGGCAGCGGUAUUGGCUUAGUUGUGCUUUCAAGUUCUCUUUGUUUCUGCUUUUCAUUGUUCUGGCAGUUGGAGAGUUUGGAUGUUUUUGGUGGGCAUUCUGUACUUGGCGUAUCCCCAAGACUUCCCGUGACUCAUUAAAUCUCCUUUUUGUCUCUGACUCACAAAUUCAGGGGUACAAAGGAGAACGUCCUGGAAUUCUUGGGUCAAUAGCACGGCUUGAUUCAGACUGGUACUUGACAAAGGCUUUCUUUCUUGCAUUGUCAUCCUUUUCCGCAGAUGCUGUCAUUCAUUUAGGUGACUUGUUAGAUGAAGGAUACAUUGCUACUGAUGAUGAAUUUCAGGAGUACAAGGUCAGACAUGAUAAAAUUUUUAACACCCCUGAUAGAAUUUCCAGGAUCCAUGUUGCUGGCGACAAUGAUAUUGGAGGUGAAUCGAGGGAUAUUAUUACAGAAAAAACAGUGUCAAGAUUCUCAGAGAACUUUGGCCCUAUAAAUGAUAUCCUAAGACUGAAGUCUCUCCAGAUAGUGAAGAUAAAUUCCUUGAGCUUUUUAAGGAGAUGGCCUCUCAGAGAUGAGCAGACAAACUACAACAAUACAAUGAACUUUAUUAAAGAGUUGCCAUUAAAGCUUCACAAGGAUAAAAUUUCUAUUUUGAUUGGACAUGUUCCCCUAGGACUUACCAAUAAAUAUCAAGUUGGUCCAAUGAUGAAGUUAAUUAAUGCUGUGAAGCCGCGAUAUGCCUUCUCAGGUCAUACUCAUAAGUCAGCUUCAUUUGAGCAUGAGAUUGGAUCAGUGGUGUUUACAGAGUAUGUUGUACCAACAUGCAGCUAUCGAAUGGGAACUGACAAGAUAGGUGCUGCUGUGGCCGUGAUAGAUGUUGAUGGUUCCAUUGAUUUUUCCGUCCUGCCACUUCCUACAAGAUACCCAUUUUUCUACGCGUAUUUGGUAGUUCUGUGCGUCUGCGUGACAUUGGCACUUCUGAUAUUAUUUAUUUUAAGGCCGUGUUUUAAUGGGAUAUUUAAUCGACGUCGAAUUCAAUUUAUAAGCGUUGGUAGAAAUGCGACUUUUCAGUGUUGUUAGGAAAUACAAGGAAAUUUAAUUGAAUGAGUGGACAAAUACAGAGUUCAGAGCAAGGAUUUUAA